UCCAUUGUUACCACUCUGGGAUGUUUCCAUGCCGUGUUGGCUCCAAGGCCGGUCCGUAUUUACGCGCUUUAGGAUUCUGUCGACUGGCGUAAUCGUCGAGUUGCACCAUUACUCAGCUGAGCUCAAAUAAAAAAUGGACCUUUAGCGGGAGGGUAGGAAGGGUGCAAAAAAAAAAAAAGAAAAAAAAGAAAAAGUCUGGCACCAGUGGAUGUUAAAAGCAUGCAGAGGCAGACAAGCUCCGGGCCUUCCGCAGUCGGGAAAGAGACGGACAAGAGACGGCGUCUGGCUGUGUCCCCCCCCAAUGAUUUGUAUAUGAAAACAUAGCGCUUUUUUUUUUUUUUUUUUAAUUCUCCCCCCUUCUGGGCUCCGCUUGUUGAGCGAUCAGCUGAUGAAGAGACUAGCAGCUCGCCGCUAUGCUGGCUUGCUAAUUCUUUCCCCCACCGCUGCUGCCGUCGAUCCUGCUAGCCCGCCGCCUGCAGAUUGCGCUCAGCCUCAAGCGGGAGGGAAGGAGGAGAUGGAGGAGGACGGCGCUCAGAAGAAGCGAAAAGGCGAACACGGAGACAAGGAGGUCCAGACGGUGCCGGAAACCGGAGAGAAGGUCAAGAGGAAACGAGGGCGGCCGCCCGCCGAAAAGCUGCCACCGAAUCCGCCCGAGCUCACCCGGCAACUGAGCACCCUGGUGGACAUGGUGGUCAACUACAAGGACGGCGUGGGUCGACAGAUCAGUAAAGGCUUUGUCCAGCUUCCCUCCAGGAAGGAGGCGCCGGAGUACUACGAGCUGAUCCGGAAGCCUGUGGACUUCAGAAGGAUCAGGGAACGUGUACGCAAUCACAAGUACAGAAGCGUCGGGGACCUGGAGAAGGAUAUUUUCCUGCUGUGUCACAACGCUCAGACCUACAACCUGGAAGGAUCUCAGAUCUACGAGGACUCCAUCGUCAUCAAGUCUGUUUUUGAGAGCGCCAGGCUGCGAAUCGUCACCGACGAGGAGCCCAAACAAACGGUGGCGGUGAGCGGAAGUGAAGGCCGCCAAGGUGUGACGCCAGCAGCGCUCCAAGCCGCCUCGCUCGUCAAGGCGGAUAACGAGGAGAGGAGUCGCAAUCUCACGGCCAAGAGGCUGCCGCUGUACCCGGACCAGGGUGCGGAGGAAAACACCUCCAAGGACGAAGGGUGAACUCCUAUUUUGUAGACAUCUUCUGUUCUCUUGUCAACAUUCUUGUUUCCUUUGAAGGACGUGUUUGGAAUGACUCAUCGGCUCUAAUAAGUCACGUGGCUGUGCUUUCAGAUGCUGUAUUUGUUGUCGACCGGUUAUCUGACUCUUUCUUUCAUUUCUCCCUCAGUAAAAUACUUUUUAACCAUUCCAUUUCUAUCUAAGGCCUUCAUACUCCCAAGUCUCCCAAGCAUGUUUCACUAUGGGGACAAAAGUAUUGAGACACUUGCCAAAUGCUUGGCUGGGAAGACCUUUCUGUGGGAUUUAUGUUCAUAUUUGUGUUUUGUGUGUGACGGUGAGGUUCAUGGCUGGUGAGGCACUGACACAUUUGGAAUUUUUUUGUUUUUAUAAAUUCUCAACAAAAAGUAGUGACAUCUAUUCCAACUACUCCACUUGGAAGACUUUUUAGUUAUUUCAAUGGAAAUUUGUGUAUACGUGUUACAUCAUAGCAGUGUUGUGCGGUGAGGUUCAUGGCUGGUGAGGCACUGACUCCUUUGGAUUUGUUGUUUUUUUUUAAUCAAUUCUGGCCAAAAGGUAUUGACAUCCAUUCUGACUACUUGACUGGGAAGACUUUUGAGUGGUUUCUGUGGGUAUUUGUUUACAUUCGGUGAGGUUCAUGGCUGUUGAGGCACUGACUCCUUUGGAUUUGUUGUUUUUUAAUCAAUUCUGGACAAAAAGUAUUGACAUCCAUUCCAGCUACUUGCCUGGGAAGACAUUUGAAUGGUUUCUCUGGGAAUUUGUUUGCAUGCGUUAAGGUUCAUGGCUGGUGAGGCACUGACUCAUUGAUUGACUGACUGACUCAUCAUGACGAGUUUUUGUUUUUUCAUAAAUUCUGGACAAAAAGUAGUGACAUCCAUUCCAACUUCUUGACUGGGAAGACUUUUGAGUGGUUUCUGUGGGUAUCCGUUUACAUGCGGUGAGGUUCAUGGCUGGUGAGGCACUGACUCCUUUGGAUUUGUUGUUUUUUUUUAUAAAUUCUUGACAAAAAGUCUUGACAUCCAUUCCAACUACUUGACUGGGAAGACUUUUGAGUGGUUUCUGUGGGGAUUUGUUUACAUGCAGUGAGGUUCAUGGCUGGUGAGGUACUGACUCCUUUGGAUUUGUUGUUUUUUUUUAUAAAUUCUGGCCAAAAAGUAUUGACAUUCAUUCCAGCUACUUGCCUGGGAAGACGUUUGAGUGGUUUCUCUAGGAAUUUGUUUGCAUGCGUUGAGGUUCAUGGUUGGUGAGGCACUGACACAUUUGCAUUUUUUUUGUUUUUAUAAAUUCUGAACAAAAAGUAGUGACAUCUAUUCCAACUACUCCACUGGGAAGACUUUUGAGUUAUUUCAAUGGAAAUUUGUGUAUACGUGUGACAUCAUAGCAGUGUUGUGCGUUGAGGUUCAUGGCUGGUGAGGCACUGGCUCCUUUGGAUUUGUUGUUUUUUUUAAUGAAUUCUGGCCAAAAAGUAUUGACAUCCAUUCCAACUACUUGACUGGGAACACUUUUGAGUGGUUUCUUUGGGUAUUUGUUUACAUGCGGUGAGGUUCAUGGCUGGUGAGGUACUGACUCCUUUGGAUUUGUUGUUUUUUUUUUAUAAAUUCUGGCCAAAAAGUAUUGACAUCCAUUCCAGCUACUUGCCUGGGAAGACGUUUGAGUAGUUUCUCUAGGAAUUUGUUUGCAUGCGUUGAGGUUCAUGGCUGGUGAGGUAGUGACUACUUUGGAGUUUUUGAUUUUUCACGAGUUCUGGACAAAAAGUAGUGACAUCCAUUCUAACUAUCCGACUGGGAGGACUUUUGAGUGGUUUCUGUGGGGAUUUGUGUGCAUGCUUUGAAGUUCAUGGCUGGUGAGGUACUGACUACUUUGGAGUUUUUCAUUUGUUAUGAGUUCUGGACAAAAAGUAGUGAUAUCCAUUCCAUCUACUUGCCUGGGAAGACGUUUAAGUGGUUUCUGUGGGAAUUUGUGUGCAUGCGUUGAGGUUCAUGGCUGGUGAGGUACUGACUACUUUGGAGUUUUUUUUUAUUUUUCAUGACUUCUGGACAAAAAGUAUCGACAUCCAUUCCAACUACUCAACUGGGAAGACUUUCGGCUGAUUUCUGUUGGAAAUUUGAGUACGACUGUGACUGUGAGGUUCAUGGCCGAUGAGGCACUUCCUUUUGGGGGUUUAUUUUGUACAACUUUCAAUUCUUGUGCUUGAAUCAAUGUUCAUAUUAGGAGGAUACUUCACCAGGAAAGGUUCUGUUACUUUGUUCUCCUCAUUUUCUUAGUUUUCAAAGUCUCCCAGUAGAAAGACAGCAGUGACAAGCACCUGCCAGCUAAUGUUUGCCUUCUUCAUGGUGAACCACAGUACUGUGCUCCUCACCGUAUGACAUUUCUCUGUAUUUUAUUGUCUGCUUAGCAUGAAUAAUGAUGUCACACUUACCUUAAAGACAUUCCACCGGCGCUCGGAAGGCAUUCAAUGCUUCAGACGGUCGGUCAUCUGAGGUUUCUACCCUGUAUUUGACCAGGAAAUGUGGAAAUUCAGUGAUUUUUACUUUAGAAUGUUAAAAUAAAAUCAUCCAGAAAAUACAUGUAUAACACAGCUCCAUGGACAAUAUGAAUAUUGCUUAAAUUUGCUGCACAUUCGAACUAUUUCUUUUCCGAAAUGGAAUGAAAGUGAUUCAUUCUGCUUAAAAUAUGACAAUAUGCUUUUAAAAACAGCAUUAUACAAUUUAUUUACAUGUGGAAAGUAAAACAAAUCAUUUUAACUGUGUAAAUAUGUGUUUGUAUGUCAUUUAACAUGUCUGAAAAAUAUUGCAUGACACAUGAUGAGGUGUGUCUCAAUACUUUUGUCCAUACAGCACAUAACCGUGGAGCAUCCAUGUGUGACUGCAAGCACCCCAGGAAGUUGUUUUUGUUGUUUUUAAAGGAGAAAGAAAAUAAAUCAGUGCUUUUUUUAGGACUUUGAAUGUGAAUUUGUAGCAGAUCCACCUUUGAUUAAGUCAUGUGAAUAAAAGCCACCAGAACUGCUAUGAUGGUCCAGCACAUGAAGUGUGUGUUGCUGGUGGAGAGAACCAAAGGUGUGCAAGUGUUUCCAAAUACAUUUUGUCAAAACACAGAUUCUAUCUGCACAUCAUGGCCUCACAGCACCAAAGAGAAUCAGACAUGGUGCAUAUUACCGCUCAAUACAAGUCAACUAACAUCUAUGUCUGGAAAACCUCCUCCUGAAUGUGUGCUAGUCACGGGGGACACGUGAUGUUGUUGAUUGUUGGCUAUUGAUCGUUCAUCAAACGUCACGGGCCGUCUCUGCCCACACGCAUCUGUCAUCCGUGAUGUCGGUCGGGGGAAUGGCGGAUGAAAAUAUGACAUAUGAGGACAUAUGAGAAGCCAAGUCGCGUGAUGGAGGUGGAAUAUUUUCCACGCCAUCCUGCGGGGGGUGUCCAAACUUUUUCACUGAGAACAAUCCACUGGGAAUUCACAUGAGGCAAGGGCCACUUUGAGCUUUUGUACAUAUGCUUAUUAAUGGGCUAGAAAUGCUAACAUUUUUGGGUGUCUGGAACUGAUUCAUUGAAUUUAAAUUAUUUUCGCUUUGGUUAAAGUCUGCUUUGGUUUGAGUUGGACCUUCUGGAACGGAUUAAUGACGUUAACCAAGGCACCAUUGUAUAUAAAGAGUAUACACGUAUAUGCAAAAACUAAAUCAAAUAAUUCAUUCAUUUUCUACCGCUUGUCCUCACAAGGGGUUGCUGGAGCCUAUCCCAGCUGUC